GGGCGGGGCCUGUGUGAGGAGCGCUCCGAGGGGUUUCGCUCCGGCCCGGCCCGGCUCGGCACGGCCCCGCCGCAGCCAUGAUCCACAGCCUGUUCCUCAUCAACGCCUCGGGGGACAUCUUCCUGGAGAAGCACUGGAAGAGCGUGGUUAGCCGCUCCGUCUGUGAUUAUUUCUUUGAGGCGCAGGAGCGGGCCUCGGAGGCGGAGAACGUGCCGCCGGUGAUCCCCACGCCUCACCAUUACCUCCUCAGCGUCUACCGGCACAAGAUCUUCUUCGUGGCCGUCAUCCAGAGCGAGGUGCCGCCGCUCUUCGUCAUCGAAUUCCUGCACCGAGUCGUGGACACGUUCCAGGAUUAUUUUGGUGUCUGUUCAGAGGUGAUAAUCAAGGACAAUGUUGUGGUGGUUUAUGAGGUGCUGGAGGAGAUGCUGGACAAUGGCUUCCCAUUGGCAACAGAGUCCAAUAUUCUGAAGGAACUGAUAAAACCUCCUACUAUUCUGAGAACAGUCGUCAACACCAUCACAGGAAGCACAAAUGUGGGUGACCAGCUUCCCACUGGACAGCUCUCAGUGGUGCCCUGGAGACGUACUGGUGUCAAAUACACCAACAAUGAGGCCUAUUUUGAUGUGGUUGAGGAGAUAGAUGCAAUCAUUGACAAAUCAGGUUCCACUAUUACUGCUGAAAUCCAGGGAGUGAUUGAUGCUUGUGUCAAGCUGACUGGGAUGCCCGACCUUACCCUCUCCUUUAUGAACCCUCGGCUGCUGGAUGAUGUCAGCUUCCACCCCUGUGUGCGAUUCAAGCGCUGGGAGUCAGAGAGGAUCCUGUCCUUCAUUCCCCCUGACGGCAAUUUCCGCCUGCUCUCCUACCAUGUCAGUGCUCAGAACCUCGUGGCAAUUCCUGUCUAUGUCAAGCACAACAUCAGUUUUCGUGACAGCAGCUCCCUGGGACGCUUUGAGAUCACAGUGGGGCCAAAGCAGACCAUGGGCAAGACUGUGGAGGGGGUGAUGGUCACCAGCCAGAUGCCAAAAAGUGUCUUAAACAUGACCCUCACACCCUCCCAGGGAACACAUGCAUUUGAUCCAGUUACAAAGUUACUGUCAUGGGAUGUUGGGAAAAUCAACCCCCAGAAGCUGCCAAGUCUGAAGGGGAGUGUGAGCCUGCAAGCUGGGACAUCAAAACCAGAUGAAAACCCCACCAUUAACCUGCAGUUUAAAAUUCAGCAGCUGGCUAUAUCUGGACUGAAGGUGAAUCGCCUGGACAUGUAUGGAGAGAAGUACAAGCCCUUCAAGGGGAUAAAAUACAUGACCAAGGCUGGCAAGUUCCAAGUCCGAACCUAGAGGCUCCUGAGAGCAAGGAAGAGCACUUUCCCUACUCCCCCUGUCCUCCUGAGAGCAAGGAAGAGCACUUUUCCUACUCCCCCUGUCCCUGGCUGUUGGAUGCAGCCUCCUAUCCCACCCAUCUCUUUAGGGUUGCUCCCUUGUCUGUAGUAGCAUAAGCAGGAAAGUGCUCAGAGUGCUGGAAAGCAGGGAGAAGUAAGGUUGACCUGAAACCACCUCAUCCCUACCUGAGUCUGAAGUUUUUUGGAACAAUAGUAGAUGGGAGAGUUGCUCAGGUCCCUUAGGAUUAGCAAGUCAGCUCUGUAAGCUUGUAUCACCUUCAUUUUGCUGUCUUAGAGGAAAUUCUAGGGAUUUAUGGCCUUUUGUAGCUCCUCUUCCUUGUAUUUUGUUUGGCUUUUAUCCUGCUGUACAUGCUACAAAGUUGAAUUUCCACAAACUUCAAUGUGAUGAUCCAGCAUCUGCAUUCCUGUGUCACUGGGUUAGGGGUAGAGCUGUGUAGCUCUUGCCAGCAGGGAGAACAUUUAGCUGUUCUGCCUCAAAAGCACUGGAAGAAACUGGAAGAUUGUUCUGCCCAGGAUGGGAAGUUGAGAAGCCUGAGAUUGGGAAUGGUGCCACAAAGAGAAGAAAGGAAGAAUUGCAUUCUUUCUCUAGGGAUUUCAUAUGGCAUCCUGGUCAAGGAUCUUGAGUCUCUGAAUACGGACUUGAAAUAUUGUAACUGAUGGGCAGUGGUAUCUCCGUGUAAUUCUGCUUUUCCUCUUAUUGCACCAGUGUUUGAAGGUGGGAAUUCUCCUGGCUCAUUUGGGGAAUCAGAAGAGACAGACAGGGGAACUUCUGUGGAGACAGCACUGAUGGAAUUUGAAGCUGUAGCUACAUGAAGAUAACCCCUGUCCCAGUAACUUGUUGGAAGCUCUUUUUGCCUCUCCUUUCCUAUUGCAGAUGAUGGUGAUAGUGCUGUUUUCCUGCUCACUGAGUCUUCCUUUGGUCCCUUUGUAGUGUUCCUCCUGUCCUACCUCAUUUCAGUUUCUGUACCAGUCAGGUGCUGUGCAGAUGGAUUCCAACCUAUGCCAGAUUUCUCACUGGGAUCAUCUCUUCCUCAGGAGCUGUUGCUGUCCCUGCCCAUCCCAGCCUGUGGUCCAUCCCUGUGUACUCAGAAAUGGGAAAUGGGAGGCACCUGCACUGUUUUAUUGUCUGUAACAGCCCUGUGGCCACUACAUGCCAAUCUGCUUUCUCUUGGUAGCAGAACUUGCACUAAGCUGCUGCACACAUGUGGCUGUGGAGUCCAGUCCAUGUUUGUGAACAGAACAGGGUGACCCUGACUGAGGGAGAGCAUUCAUUCCACCUUGCAUGUGGUGACACCUCAUGAGUGUUAUCUUGCUUGUGGGAUUGCUGGUUCCUGCUGCAGGAUCCCAUGGCAGGUGGUGUUACUGCUGAG